AUGCUUAUUGAGAAUUUAGGUUUUGGGAUUUUGAAAAAUGGUUUCGCUAUCUCAUUCUCUAGUUGUAAUUCUGAAAAACCAGUUUCAGAUCUUCUUUGGAUGCUGAUUCAAGUCGUUGAGCAUGGUCUGGGACAUUUUCCAUUUACAGAAAAACAGGUGGUCACUCCAACUGAGUCCGUGUAUACUGGUGUAGAUUUCUGUAAGAGAUUAUGUGGUGUGUCUAUAAUCAGGAGCGGUGAGAGUAUGGAGAAUGCUCUGAGAGCAUGUUGUAAGGGAAUCAAUAUUGGGAAAAUUCUAAUCCACAGAAAAGGAGACAAUGGCCAGCAGAUCAAAAACUCACAAGCCAGGUCCAUGAAAUUUUUGGACGAAUUAACGGCAGAUUUGGAACAUUGA